AUGGAUGACUUUGACGAUGAAAACCCAGUUCUCUCCAGCUCAGCGCUUUCUGCCCUCAGAGAAUUCUACGCCGAGCGGGACGCCCGUGUAAAGCAAUUUGAGGAUCUGAAGAAUGUCGCGGAGCAGAAACAUGACGCGGCUACUAAGCAAGCACCGUUGAGCAUGGACGCAUUCGCAGAGGACUGGAACGAGAGCCAAUUCUGGUACUCGGACGAGACGGCGAAGGCAUUAGCUGCGGAGCUGCUGGUGGGCGCCGGGGCGGGGACGAGCAUUGCAGUUGUAUCUGCGCCGAGUGUGUUUGUACAGUUGAAGAAUAUCUUGGCGCAGAGUGACCGAGAGGAGAGCGAGAGGCCUAAGCUGUGGCUCUUGGAAUUCGACAGGCGGUUCGAGGUCUUUCCGGAGUUUGUUUUCUAUGAUUUCAACGAUCCGCUGAAGCUGCCACCGAGUAUGAAGGCGAGUGUUGAUCAUAUUAUCUGUGAUCCCCCUUUUUUGAGUGAGGACUGCCAGACCAAAGCUGCUAUGACUGUCCGGUGGCUAUCGAAGUCUUGGGGUGUGGCACCGGAAAAGAGAGCUACCCACUCGCGGUUGAUCCAGUGCACCGGUGAGAGGAUGGAGACACUCGUCAACAAGCUGUAUCGAGCUCAAGGUAUUGCAACUACGACGUUCCUGCCUGUCCAUUCCAAGGGGCUGAGCAACGAGUUCUUCUGCUACGCAAAUUUCGAGUGCCAGAAAUGGAAGUGGAAGAACACCUCAGAAUAG